GGUUUCAGACUGAGAUGCUUCUGGAGAGAGGGUUGCUGGUGGGCUGGGUGUGCCUACACUUCUGCCUCCAUGGGGCCAAUGCAGACUUGACCAGAUAUAGAAAUAUUCGACCCAAGCCAGAAAAGAUCCUCAAGCCAUGUGCCUUUCCAUUCAUCUAUGAGAAUGUGAGGUAUGAGCACUGCACAACAGUGAAUAGUGACUUUGCCUGGUGCUCAGUGGAUUCCAUCUUCAAUGGGAAGUGGCGCUACUGUGUUAGUACAGACCCUCCAGCAUGUAAGUUUCCAUUCCUCUUCGGGAAGAAGCUGUACCAUGCCUGCACGACGGAUGGGUAUGUGCUGGGCAAGACCUGGUGUGCCCUGACCCACAACUACAACAUGAACGGGUUGUGGAAACCAUGUUCACCCAAUGAUUUGUGAAGAGGAGGCCCUUCUGUCAUAGCCUGCUUUCCUGGAAGAUCCUGGCUCCUCCUCCUAUAGUGAUGAGUUCAUGGAGUCCCCAGCCACUCACUGUAGGUCUCCUUUAAGUGACACAGGCUCCCAGUUCCCCCAGCAGCAGGGGAAAUUCUGGCCCUUGCAUUCUGUGAAUACUCCACUAGGUAGAUGAACCCUGCACUCUGGUGUCCUUCCUCUGGCUCUUUUCUUGCCUGACAGUACUAUGGCUUUCCUUUUGCCCUCCUUUCCUCUUGUCCUGUCCUGCCUACCCUCAGGGAUUCAUUGAGUGUACCUCCAAGGUCAACAAAUUUAGGAAAAGAACAGACCUUAGAGACCACCACUUCUCUGUCCUCAGUUUUACAACAGGGGAAUCUAAGGUUGGAGAGAAAAAUAUCCUCAUUGGUUGCAUGUUAAACCUAUCUAUGUCCCUAACAUUACCCCUUACCCUAAGAAAAUCCCUCUCCCUAAUCCCAUUCCCAUCCCCAACCCCAUCUCCCUCUCCCCUGGUUUUAUUUCUGUUCAGAAGCCCCUUUUUGAGAUCCACAAGUAGUAGAUGGGAAGAGAAACUUAGGUCUAGGGAAAGGAUGUCUAGGUAUAUGAUACCUCAUUAAGGCCAGAAUGCUCUGAUAACUUGGGACUUGGAGUCCUUAAAGAAAUUAGGACCUUGAGGCCCAGAACUCUCUGUCUCUGACAGCGUGUGCUGACUUUACCCCAAGGUGUGGAAGUGAGUAGAGUGAGGGGACCCCCUGCCCACUUCUUGAAUAUUUACCACCUGGAGAAAGACUGCCUCAGUAGUCAUGGGAUCUACCUCCAGCAGGGGAUCAAGCCCUUGGGAGCUCCAGUUGGAGCCCUGGCUCAGAACUAAAGCUAGUUGGGAAUUACAUGCCCUCUUUUUUAAGCAAACAGGGUGAAAUGGAGAUUCACACUUUCAUAAUCAAUCCUAUAUGCUCCACAGUGUGUGUGGUAACCCUCAUUUUUGUUCUUAAAUU